UAUGCCCAAAUCAGCACCACCUCCAUCUUCUUCACCCAGCCCUUGUUCUUUCGCACGGGUUCUUCUCUCGCUUCUCUCUUGCUCGCUCUGAAAACUGCAGCUGAGCACGAUGCAGGCCAUUUCGAAGCGUGUCGGGCACCAAUACCUGACUCCCUCGUCUUCAAUCUCGUCGCUCAAGUCAAUCUACCCUGUUUGCGAUCACUAUUAUGGAGCUGAUCGUCCAAAGUACGGAUCUACACUCGCCACUAAGGGAGUGGGGCACCUUGUGCGCAAGGGCACAGGUGGAAGAUCAUCUGUUAGUGGCAUUGUUGCUGCAGUUUUUGGAUCUACAGGGUUCCUUGGUCGUUAUCUUGUACAACAACUUGCCAAAAUGGGAAGUCAGGUGUUAGUUCCUUUCCGUGGUUCUGAAGAUUCCCAUCGUCAUUUGAAGUUGAUGGGGGAUUUGGGACAGAUAGUACCUAUGAAAUACAAUCCGAGAGAUGAAGAUUCAAUUAAGGCAGUCAUGGCGAAAGCUAAUGUGGUUAUCAAUCUUAUUGGGAGGGAUUAUGAGACAAGAAACUUUAGCUUUGAGGAAGUGAAUCAUUCCAUGGCCGAACAACUGGCAACGAUUUCCAAGGAACACGGUGGUAUCAUGAGAUUUAUUCAAGUUUCUUGCUUAGGGGCAUCUUCCUCAUCACCCUCCAGAUUUCUGAGGGCUAAAGCUGCUGCAGAGGAAGCAGUAUUACGUGAAUUGCCAGAGGCCACUGUUUUGAGACCUGCUGUGUUGAUUGGUACAGAGGACCGAAUUUUGAAUCGCUGGGCCUUUUUUGCGAAGAAAUAUGGCUUUCUUCCACUUAUUGGGGAUGGAUCUACCAAAAUCCAACCUGUAUAUGUUGUUGAUGUUGCUGGGGCAAUCGUGGCAGCCUUGAAAGAUGAUGGCAGCAGCAUGGGAAAAGUUUAUGAACUGGGUGGGCCUGAGGUCUUUACAGUGCAUCAAUUGGCAGAGCUAAUGUUUGAGACAAUACGUGAAUGGCCUCACUAUGUGAAGGUUCCUCUCCCAAUUGCAAAGGCAAUUGCAGCACCUCGAGAAAUAUUAUUAAAUAAAGUUCCAUUUCCAUUACCUAAUCCUGAAAUCUUCAACCGAGAUCAAAUCCUUGCCCAAGCUACAGAUACAGUCGUCUCAGAAAAUUCUUUGACUUUCAGUGAUCUUGGACUUGUGCCCCAUAAGCUGAAGGGUUACCCUGUUGAGUUUCUUAUCCAAUAUCGUAAGGGUGGCCCGAAUUAUGGUUCUACAGUCAGUGAAAGAGUGUCUCCAGAUGCUUGGCCAUGAGUCUCUUAGGCUUUUUAAUUCUCAAAUGCUUUUUAAGUCCAGGAGUGCAACCCACUUGGAAACUUUGAAUCAGGUUUGAGGUGCAAGACUUGUGUUUCAUUUUUUUUUCUUUUUUCCAUUUUCCCCCACUGGUGGUAUUCAGAAUAAAUGUAUUAAUAAUGUGAAGGUCUACGACCAUUCUAUUUCAAAAUUGUGCCCAUUGUGAUGAUCUACAUGGGCUUUUGGGGGUUGCUAAUGAUUAUAUUCUUGGUAAUCACAGGUUUUCAGAGGGUAGGUUGCUUCUUUUGAGAAAAAGUAGGAAGCAAUAAAAGAUAUGGAGAGUUAUGCUUUUAUGAUUUUCAUAUCUGUAACAUUUGACUGAAUUUCAACCAUUUGUAAUUUCAAGAUAUUUGGCAUCUUGUUUACUUGUUCAUAAGCCCUGAGCCAUGAAGGGAAUUUGAUGUAUCUUAUUAUCUUUUUUUGCUUAAUGUCCUUGUAGUAGUGAGAUGGGAAAAUGAUGGGGUUUUGUUGGCUGUAAUUCUACCCUUUAUAAAUUAAAUUUAUAGAUUCUAUUUUCA